AUGAAGUCCUUCCUCCGGAUCCCGUCCGCCCUUGGACUCCUCUUCCGGCCCUGCGCCGUCUCGGCCCCCGUCACUGUCCCCGGGCUCAACGCACACGCACGAUGGGCGCAUAAGCUGCCCCUCAUCCCCGCGCCGACUCCCUUCGUCCCCGACGUCCCUACCUUCCUGAACUUGAUCGGUCGCGACCUCAAGCAACAUGCCGACAAGUUCCCCACGUGGGAGGCCCUCUUCACCCUCACCACCGACCAACUGAGAGAACUCGGCGUCGAGCCUCCAAGGACAAGGCGCUACCUGUUGCGAUGGAGGCAACGCUUUAGGGAGGGCAAGUUCGGCGUUGGCGGCGACCUGAAGCACGUCGAAAACGGUGUCGCCUACUUGAAGAUCCACGAGAGGCCCAUCAACCCUGCCCUGACGGCACGAAAGGUCGUCAAUGUCCCCGCCAACAAGAACCCCGAGACAAUCAAGAACCCCAGACCCUACCGGGCCAAGGGCUUCAAGGUCAAGGGCGUCUCGACAAUCCUUGGCCCCUACGCCUUGCCCGUCGGCAAGGGCGUCGCCAAGGUCACCGUCACCGAGGGCAUGUGGGAAGACAAGAGAGGACACAAGGUCGACGGCGGUGAGCGUAGACGCGCCGAGGUGCGCUUCAAGAGGGGUGUGGCCGAGCGCAAGGCCCUCAGGGAGAAGAUGGGCUUCUACUAA